UGAAAAUAGUUCGAUCCGGGUCUUCAAGCAUCUGCAAGAUGGCAGCCACAGCAGUAAACAGAAACACGAGUAUGCUGUCAAGACGCGUUUUUGUGGUUGGGGUCGGAAUGACCAAGUUUGAAAAGCCGGGUCGCAGAGAAAACUUUGACUACCCUGAGAUGGCUAAAGAAGCAGGGACAAAAGCACUUGAAGAUGCUGGAAUAUCAUUUGAUGAAGUGCAACAAGCUUGUGUAGGAUAUGUGUAUGGUGAUUCUACCUGUGGACAGCGUGCUGUGUACCAGCUUGGUAUGACAGGGAUUCCAGUUUACAAUGUAAACAACAACUGUGCUACAGGAUCCACCGCUUUAGUCAUGGGCAAACAACUCAUUCAAGGAGGACUAGCAGACUGUGUCCUGACAUUAGGAUUUGAGAAAAUGAACAGAGGAUCCCUUGGUUCGGUUUUCACUGACCGCACAAACCCAGCAGACAAACAUGUUGCUGUGAUGAUGGACAUCUUUGGUUUGGAGAAAGGUCCCAUGGCCGCUCAGAUGUUUGGAAAUGCAGGACGGGAACACAUGCAGAAGUAUGGUACCACGCCGGAGCACUUCGCCAAGAUCGCCUACAAGAACCACAAACACUCGACCAACAACCCGUAUUCCCAGUUUCAACAAGAAUAUAGUUUAGACACCAUCAAGGGGUCACCAAAAAUCCACGACCCAUUGACUAAGCUACAGUGUUGUCCUACAUCAGAUGGGUCAGCGGCUGCCAUCUUGGCGAGUGAGGAUUUUGUGAUCAAACACAAUCUUCAAUCACAGGCUAUAGAGAUCCUGGCCAUGCAGAUGGCCACUGACUUGCCCAGCACCUUUGAGGAGAAGAGCUGCAUGAAAAUGGUUGGGUAUGAUAUGACCAAGACCGCUGCCGACAAAGUCUUUGACGAAGCAGGACUCUCUCGCAAUGACGUCAAUGUGGUCGAACUCCACGACUGCUUCUCCUGUAAUGAGCUCAUCACAUAUGAGGCCCUUGGACUAUGUGAACCAGGGAAGGCAGGUCAAAUGAUUGAUAAUGGAGAUAACACCUACGGUGGUAAAUUUGUCAUUAACCCCAGUGGAGGACUCAUUUCCAAGGGACACCCUCUCGGAGCUACAGGUUUGGCCCAGUGUUCCGAGUUGUGUUGGCAACUGAGAGGGAUGGCAGACAAGCGACAGGUCAAUGGAGCCAAGAUUGCUCUCCAGCACAACCUAGGUCUGGGAGGAGCAGCUGUGGUGGCCCUCUACCGACAUGGCUUCCCAGAGAAAAUUAGUAAAUCUGUGCAGUUUGCUCCAGCCAGUGCCACAUCAGAGGGAGACUUCAAGUCCGCAGUCAUCUUUAACGAGAUCAAGGAAAACCUGGACAAGGAUGGUCCCAUGUUUGUUAAGAAGAUGAAAGGAGUUUUCUGUUUUAAAGUGAAGGGAAAGAAUGGAACUGGAGUAUGGGUUGUGGAUGCCAAAAACGGAAGUGGAUCGGUCAAAUUCGGUGGUGAUGCAAAAGGUGAUGUUACCAUCAUCAUGGAGGAUGAGGACAUGUUCAACUUGAUGCUCGGGAAGCUUAACCCUCAGCAGGCAUUCUUCCAAGGAAAGCUUAAGAUCCAGGGAAAUAUGGGGCUGGCAAUGAAGCUUAAAGAGUUUGAAUCCAGAGCAGGGAAAUCCAAGUUGUAAACUUGGAUUAUGGAUUGAGAAAAUAAAUCAACCAGACUCCUAGAUAUAUGUGCAAACUAAAAACAGUGCUACAGAAAGAGUUUUACACAGAAAUCUACACUGUGUACAGAAAAAUUCUGUGAUAUUUUAUUAUACAAGUAAUAUUGGGAAAUUAUUUAUAUGUAAACAGUCAUGCGAAACAAAACAAAGAAUUCCAUGGUCAUGUUAUAGAAUUGGUGUUAUUUUGUUGGAUCAUCUUGAAAAUUGAACUGUUCAGAAACGUCAACAGAAAUCAUGCUUCUAAUUCAAUUUGUUGGAUCAUCUUGAAAAUUCGACUGUUCUGAAACGUCAACAGAAAUCAUGCUUCUAAUUCAAUUUGUUGGAUCAUCUUGAAAAUUGAACUCUUCUGAAACGUCAACAGAAAUCAUGCUUCUAAUUCAAUUUGUUGGAUCAUCUUGAAAAUUGAACUGUUCUGAAACGUCAACAGAAAUCAUGCUUCUAAUUCAACAGCAUUGGAGUUUCAGUCUACCAUUCCAUAUCUAAAACUUUUUGUAUCCAUAUAUAUGGGGGAGGGGGUUAAAAACAAUUUGUAAUGUAUGAUAUUUAUAGUCAAUUUCUGUUAAAAAUGUCAAGAAUUUGUCUUCGUCUAUCAACUUUAUAUUUGUGAUUGUUUCUUACUAAUCAUUGAGUGCUAUUUUACAUGAGGUAAUUUUCUCUUAACCUUGUGACUCUGUCACAGAAAUCUCAACCCGAAGAGUAAAGGUCAUCCUGGCAAGGCUUGUUUUGGAGAAUUUUACUUCGGUAGAAUUCACCCAGAGGGUUGUGUGUGAGGUUUUCCUUUGGAAGAAUUCACCCAGAGGGUAGUGGUUUCUUUGUUAUACCUUUGGGAAUGAGUGGGAAUUUCCCCCAAACAUUACAAUGGAAAUGUUUCAUCAAAAUCUGCAUCGUUCCAAUUUGAUGACAACUGAUUAUGGACUAUGUGAUUUAGUAGUUUUGAUAUUGUCGUAAGUGUAUGUAGCUUGCCUACACGUUUGAAGUCUAUAGAUUACUCCUAGCUAGAAUAGGAGGCACGUUUACAAGAGAUGAGAGAAAGCUACAAAUUACAGGUGUGUAGAGACAAGCUGCUCAAACAAGUACAUGAAUUUGGUGAAUGAGUUUAUUUAUAAAUGGAAAGUGAUUUCGAUAAAUCGGAGAGUAACUGAUCUUGAAUAUGUGGUUUCAUUUAAUUAUUUUUUUGUUUUUGAUCAUGUAAGAUAUGUCAAUGAAAAAAUAAAAUCAAUAAGUGAAA